UUUGGCAGUUUUUGUCCCAACUGACUAGUUAGAAGGUACAAAAGAGCCAAGCUUCACUUGGACUUUAACUGCUGAAAUACAAUCUAAUUUCUUCAUGGGAAAAUUUUGGAGUAAAAGAACAAAUUGGGUUUUCAGCUUAUUUACAUGUCUGAGAGGCAAUAGCACCAAAAAUCCACAAUUAACUCACAGGACUCCAGGAAACGACUGUGAUGCUGAACACUACAGGUCAUGAGCAACCAGUGGGUGGCAGGAUUGGGAGUGUUGCUGCUCUUGUCCAUGGACACUCAGCCAGCCCUGAAGCCAGCAAUGCACCCAGUGAUCAAAAACCAACCUUUCAACAUUUUUUGGGCUGCUCCAACAGUGUAUUGCAGGCAUAGCUUUAAUGUGAAUAUGAACCUCCAGGUAUUUAACAUUUUAUCCAACCCUACAGAGACAGAGAGUGGAUCAACAAUUACCAUAUUUCAUCCAAAUGAAUUGGGCAAUUACCCUUAUUUCUCUCAAGACGGAGACUCCUAUAAUGGAGGGAUCCCGCAGAACAUGAGCCUGUCUGCACACCUCAAGAAAGUUGCCAGCGACAUCACAGAAGUUGUCCCUUGGUGGAGAGCAGAAGGACUCGCUGUUAUUGACUGGGGAGGUUGGAAACCCCAGUGGGACAGAAACUGGGGCAACAGGAUAACAUACAGAGAACACUCCCUGGCCUUCGCUAGGAACCAUCAUCCUUACUGGUCAGAAGCGAAAGUGGAAAAAGUCGCCCAACAGGAAUUUGAAAAUGCCGGAAGGAGUUUUAUGAAUAUUACUCUCACCCUGGCUUUAGAAAUGAGACCAAAACGUUUAUGGGGCUUUUAUCUCUAUCCAGACUGCUACAAUUAUGAUUACAAAGUAAAUUCAGGCAUAUACACAGGUAAUUGCCCAGAUGAUGAAAUUUUCCGCAAUGACCAACUCCUGUGGCUGUGGGAAAAAAGCACAGCACUUUAUCCUUCAAUAUAUUUGGAUAAAAUACUGAAGUCAAGUGCAAAUGCUUUGAAAUUUGUUCAUUAUCGUGUUAGAGAAGCCAUGAGAAUCGCUAAUAUGACUAGACAUGACUACGUUUUGCCAGUUUUUGUUUUUUCCAGACCAUUUUAUUUACAUAGCAUUGAAACUCUGUCACAGGAAGACCUAGUGCAUACAAUUGGUGAAAGUGCUGCAUUAGGAGCAGCAGGAAUAAUAUUGUGGGGAGGAGAUGAGUACACUACUUCAAAGUUAAGAAAAAAAAGACUCCAUGGGAGAAGAGAAGAGAAGAGAAGACACACCACUGUGGCAAGCUGUGUGGUGCAGUCAGCUGCCAACUGUGAGCUGCCAUCUUACCAUGUCAAGUCCUUUCAGGAGGGAGAGACUGCUGUAUCCCAAGCCAUCACACAGGAACAACACAAGACUGCUCUUCUUCAAUCAAUCUGAUCCAGAGUACAGAUACUCAUCCCGUUCAACACCCUGCAUCAGCAGGAAGUAGCCAGAAAGAAACCGGCACCCCAUCUCCUUAUAUAUAUUCAGAGUCAGGAUUAUGGAAUAAGGACAUUAGCCUUAGCCAUUUUAGGUUCUUGUUACCCCUGCCUUUUUUCAAGAGACCAGUCUCACAUCCUGUAUUUUUCCCACACCACCCCCUGCAUUCUUUUCCAAGUUUGAAAGCUCCCAAGCGAAACCUGAAGAACCAGUGUGGAGAAGCUUGCCUCCACCUAUUGUCCCCCACCCCCAUCCCUAGGCCGCCUAAGAUAUAAAAAGGCCCAGCCUGCUGGGGUCUGGGCCCUCUGUCACGUGUUCGGUCUGUGCACACUGGCAGUUGCUCACCCACCUUUUGGGCCUUCUGCCAUGUGUUCCAUCAAUGUGCACACCUGUGAUUUGUAACCCACCUCUGUGUAUUUAUUUUCUCUGAA